AUGCUAAUCAGAUCAAAGUGGAUUGGGUCGAAGCAGAAGAGGGGCGUUACGUUCAAGGAGAGCGAAGGGGAUACUUUGAUGAUUUUGAAUCCGUUUAGAGUAAGUAGGAUAAAGUAUCCUUUGUUGUAAUUGGCCUGCUAACCUAUGGUAAAAAGGAUGAUGGUCCGAGCGGUACCUUUCUAUACUGGCAACGGAAGGAAGGAUUUCUAGACAUACUACAAAGAUGUCCAAUUAAGAGCGAGAUAAAAUAGAAGUUUUUACUCUUUUGUGAUGUAUUUAGUAAGGCGAUCGGAAAUGGUGCCGGGUAAGUAUUUAAAUCGCGAUACAAGGUGGUAUAUUGAGCAUAAUCUUUAAGUAGGAAGUAACUCCACGUUACUAGUAACAAAGCUUGUUUACUUUUCUAAUAGAUUAUAACUUGGAUGCUGGGUUUAUGCCCAAAAGACUAUGUCAAAACGAACUACAAUCUCAAGAAAGGCCCCGACGAUACUUCCCGCCAGAUGGUGGCUCUUCAUUCGAAAAUAUCCUUUGACUCAAACCUGGAUCUCGAAUACCACCUCAAAGGUGCUUAACUUUGCGAACACGCAGCGAAGCUAGAGUUUAAGAACAGAUGUCUCAAUGGCUCUUGGAUAUUUGAAUCAAGGAUUCCACCUCGCACAUGGGUCUUCAUACUUAAUGUCAAUAUUCCUAUGAAUGAGGAAUAUUCAAAUACCCUCCCGCCCGAGCACGAGCACGUCGCGAAUGUCUUUACUGGCGCAAAUGUCAAAAAGAAUACAAAAGUUCGCCCAACAGGCGUGCAUACAGAUGCACAAGAACUCUGCCCUCGCUAGAGGCAUUGCGCGACACUUGAAUUGAUCAAAAUGAGGCCCUCUUCGCCGUUAUAGAAAGGGUGUUUCGCAGGUGAUUAGACCGCCUAUCAAAUGACGUGGUUAUUAUUCUGUAUAUAUCUCUUUAAGAAUAAUAUUAUCCUAAAAGCCUCGUAUAAGUUAACUAAAACAGUUAUAUAAGGAGCUUGUAAUAAUUACUAACUCUUACUUUUGAUUAUGCUAGGUAUCCUAAUACAACUAUUUUACUUGUGCUAGAAGUUUAGUAUAACAACUUUUCAUAGAGAGUGUACAGAUUAAUUAAUAAUUAACAACUAGGUCCUUUACCAAAAAAAGGUCUGGUGCUAGCAAAAGUUACUAUAUAUGUAGCUGCCAUUAGCGAGAUGUUCUCCGAGAAGUUUCGAAGAAACCCCCCUGGUAGUCCCUAGGAAGGGUUCAAUUGAAGGUCGACUCGUGGUCGUGUAGUAGGCGCACAAGUUUCCCAGUUUAUAGGCCCUUAUUUGUGUAUAUAUCUCGUACCAGGCACUUCGCUCUGUGUAGAUACAUACGGUAUUAUGUAUUCAGUCACGUAGCUCGAACACCAGUAGUUUCCAAGCUGCUCAUGGGAUCUGGUAGCAACAAAUUCCUCAUGUAUUAAACUCAUCUCUUUCAGGUCACUCAGUCUCCUUCGUCGAAUUCAAGUCCUUUAGCACGCCCUCACUGGGGUUGCUUGAUCACUUCCAAGAUUGAACCUGGCACGUAUGCAGAGAGAUGGGCCAAUACGGUUCAUGUAGACCGAUCUUCGACUGAAAAAUCGAGUGUCCAUACUUCGCAGUUGAACGCUGUUAGAGCAACUAUCACACGUCUGAUAGUUACACCACCCAAUCGAGAGCCAGUGACAAUCGUCAGCGGCAAUCGCGAUCCCUCUCUGGUGGUACUGACUAUCCAUCAUUGUAAAUCGGGUACAGACUUGUUACAGAGAGUGGAGAGUUUGAGAAGAGAUUUGAACCCCCCCAAAACACACUUCUGCUGAAGUUUCACGGGCUUCCGCAAUCGACCCACUCAACGAAUUACGGACGAUAUGCUAGAACUCCACUCUCUUUUGCUCCUGUCUUUGGAGAAAAUCUUCUCAAUUUCCCUCCACUAUCCAAUUUAGGAGGUUUUGAUUUUAUAGAGCAGAUUAGAAAUCUCACUUGGCAACAAAACGAAGCCGAGAGUGCUGUAGUGAUAACAUGGCAGUCUGAGCACUGGUCUUCCUUUGGUGCUGGGGUUCCUUACCGGUCUAUCGACGAAGGGGCGAAGCCGGUUGCUCAAGCACUCCUCGGUGUGCUUUCGAAAGUGCCAGACAGCGAAAGUGGAGUCAUGUUUGGCCGCCAGAAGUUCCAGGUAUGUAAACCACCUAAUCCUCCGCCUCAAAUUUGUAUCGUGGAUAAUAUACUUACUGCCUGAUAGGUGAAUUUAAUAUGCAACCCACCUCUGGAGACAAAGUUCCGUUAUUUCCGGAGUACGCCUACUGAUAUCCAUGCCUAUUGGAGGCACUGCACCACCACCCAGACUCUACUGGCGACUGUGCCUUUGAACCUAUGCCUCAGCGGUAAGAGAGGUGGGCGUUACUCUGUACACACCUGAGUUAUAAAAAUAUUAUCCUAAAGACCUCACACAACUAAAUCAAUUAUACAAAUAGUUUAGAACAAUUGUUACUUUUCAAUGUUUAUUAUGCCAGGUGAAAUAGGACAAUUAAGUUACUUGUGCCAGAUUUUUGACAUAAUAACUUUUGAUAGCAUGUACAGAGCAAUGCCCGCCUCUCUUAAAUUAAUAGGGUUUGACUCUCGUGAACUUCAGGAACUAGAGGCGUUGCGAAAGAAUAAAUAGGCGAGAUAGCCAGUGCCGGCACCACCUCAGCACGGUUUAGGCGACCGCAGAGUUAAGUUUUCUACGUCAUACGCCAAAAAACAGUUACGAUUCUACUCUCGAAGUAGAAUUUUUUAUUAAAGGCGUUAAGUUAUACGAGGAAGCGGCCAAGCCAGAGAUAAAAUCUCGUACUUGUAAUAGAAAUUGGGACUACGACGUUCGCAACGUGAGCAAAGAGAUAUCUGGAGUUUCUGAUAGAACUUGGGUGUUCCUUCUCAAGUCCCUUCUCAAGAUUGAGGUAGCUGAUUCUGAAGAAGUCGAAGGGGAGGUCUUCUUUCCAGAAGAAAACGACUCUGCUACUAUACUUUUCACACGGCCCGGGGGAGAAGUAGUCUAGACACUUGAGGGUAGAGUCUUGAUAGACCAUAGUGUGUUUUCCGAUGAGUAAGAGACGUGGUCGUUACUCUGUAUACACCUCUCUUAGAAUAAAAUUGUUCUAAAAGCAUCGUAUAACUAAAAUAGUUCUAGAAUCCGUUUAGAACGAUUGUUGCAGCUUACUUUUAAUAGGCCUCGGUAUAAUAAUUCGAUUAUUUUAAUUGUACUAGAAGUUAAGAUAAUAACUUCUUAUACAGUGUGUACACAUUAAUGACCAGGUAUCUUACAAUGUUGCGAUCUUAGUUGAAGUUGAGGAAGGCGAUUUCGAUCCUGCUACAAUACAACAAGAUGUUAACGUCGUUGCCCACUUCAAAUUCGACGAAUUCUCCAGCUAUGAUUGUUCCAGCCUCAAGACCAAGUUUCGAUUUAUGAAUCGCUUACUUUUCGGAAACAUUGAUAUGUAUAUACCGGUAGACAACUGGGUACGACAUAUUCUCAUGGCGAGAAACAACUUUCCAACCCAGUGGUGCGUCCCCAUGGAACGAACUCUGGAGAUUGCAGCAAAGUCAUGUGUGGGCAUGAAUAAAGAACAGCGUAUAGCGUUCUUCACAGCUAUUGAUAACGUAUUUAGUCAAAUCAUCGGGCCACCUGGAACUGGAAAAAGCUGGGUUGUUGGCAAACUCAUCGAAUAUUGCAUUCACAUGGCCCAUAGGACAAUGGUAUGUGCACAAAGCAAUGCGGCCAUUCGAGAGGUCUUAGAUAAGACCGUCACAACUUUUGAGACUUCUGGGGCCCCGGAAGAAGUCCUGGACAGUGUUAUUUGGAAUAACGCCUCGUCUAGCAAUAACUGUGCUUUGGUACCUUCAAGCAACGGGUGGAAUCCGUGA